AAGCUUGGAGGUGAAGCCUAAUAUUUACUAUGCCCUGAAUAUGGCUAUUUUUGGGUAUGGUGUACAUUACUCUGGCGCAAACAGGGAACUGUGAAGUACUUUCUAACUUACAAUUUCAUAAACUAGUUCAGACAUGUUACCUAGUUUAUGAAUUUAUCUUCAAAGAAUACAGUAAGGAAACAAUGUUAUUGUGGAAAGUUUGAAACUUACCGAAAAUUCUGUUGUCGCAACUUGUUUCUGUUAGACAGUUAUGGAAAAGUAGACAUUGACUAGGUGUUCUUAUGGUCUUUUUAUUAUUUCUAUUGCUUUAAGGCCAUCCUUGUCUCAAACUCUUCCUUUGGCAGGAUAUUGUGCUUACCUUGAUGCAGAGAAUGCAAUGGAUCCUUUCCUCGCAGAAUCAAUGGGUAUAAACACAGAUGAUCUUCUCAUUGCAAAACCUGAUUCUGCUGAAAAUUUGCUGUGCGUGGUUGAUACACUGACCAAAAGUGGAUCUGUAGAUGUAAUUGUUGUUGAUAGUGUUGCUGCUCUAGUCCCUCAGAUUGAACUUGAUACUUCAGGUGUUGUCACCAAGCGAGAUGUGCAAUCCCAAAUAAUGACCCAAGCACUUCGAAAAAUUCAUUAUUCAUUAUGCCGUUCUCAAACUCUUAUAAUCUUUCUUAAUCAGGUUAGAUUUAAGCAGGUCAUGUUUGAAGUCAAAUCAGGUCAAGAUCAUAGACGAAUGGAAGAGGUGACUUGUGGUGGAAAUGCCUUGAAAUUCUAUGCUGCUAUACGGCUGAGAAUGAUAAGAACUGGAUUGCACAAGACUGGUGAUAAGGCAACUGGUCUUGGGGUUUGCGUGGAAGUGGUGAAAAACAAGUUGGGACCUGCAAAGAAAAAGGCCGAACUGGAAAUUCAGUUUGGUCAAGGUAUUUGCCAUAAAUCUGAGGUCCUGGACUUAGCAUGUGAAUAUGGGCUCAUCCGCAAAGAAGGAAGCAUCUAUUUUAUAGAAGGGAUGGCUUUUGGUGAUAAACAGGCAGCUCAAAAGUACUUGGCUGAUAAUGAUGGCAUUCUUAAGAAGUUAGUUACAGAUUUAAGGACACAAUUAUUUGCAUCAGAAUCUGAUAAUGGUAGAUGCGUGGCUGUGUGACUGUCAUUCUUAUGGAUAAGUAAAAUAGGAGUAUGGUGAUCGCUGAAUUCUCAUUUGUGAUGAAGUGGCUUGCCACUGCAUUAACUUUGAAGCAACUCAUUGGGAGCUUUUGAUCCUAUUCAUGAUUCAUCAUCAGAAUUCUGUAUUGUAAAUUCUAAACCAACAGGGCCUGAUGAGACCUCUGGCGGGGUUGGAGCAUACAAGAUAAUCCCGAUGCAGGAAACAUGCCUAGGUUUAGGCAAGAUUCUUUGGUGAGGUAGUGGACAGGUGUAGCAUUUUAGAUCUAUUUAGAGCAUGUUUUUAUUUGGGUUUAAAGAUCUCCCAUCCUGAUUAACUUUAGU